CAAUGUGUCGCAAGUAUCGAGGCCAAUGGGGUGUGCUGUCGUCGUUCCGAGGCUGCUGCGAGGACGAGAUUUGUGAAGCGCAUUGCGCCCCAAUCACUUGCAGAUGGACUCCCUGUGUCCGUUCGGCAUGUGCGAUGCUCGCCUCAAAAGUCUCCGGGCCGAUGCAGGUUUGGUAGCUGCUGGCUUUGAUAUUUGUCGACCAGGACCCGGCAUCCCAGCAACCCCGUUGUUUGCUGAUCCGCCCCGAUGCGAUUCACCUCGGGCGAGCUUCGGCUUGGUGGGGGCUCGCUCGCUCAGCUCCGGGCCAUGGAGCGUGAAAUGGCCAGAACCAACACCACGAACCGGCAGCGACGACUUGGAUCUCGUCCUGCCCCGCGACACAGCCCAGAGCCCUCACAGACCCAGAGUAAGACCACAGGCGAAAGCAAGCCUGCAGCCACCAGCCAGCCAAAGCCCAUGACCGACACCCUCAGCAGGCAUCCCAGCAGCCUCGACGACGAGCACGAAGACGAUGCCAUCCUCGACCUCCUUGCACGCAAGAGCCAGACCCAACAGCCCAGCCUGACGGACGACCGUCUUUUUGACCUGGCCCGGUCGCUGGCCAAGGAGGCCUGGACCGAGGCGACCGUCGAGCCCACUGUCGAGCCCACUGUCGAGCCCGCUGUCGAGCCCGCUAUUGGGUCGAUUGCCUCACCCCCAGAGGACGGUCUGCCAAAGCCCACCUCCGCGGUCGAAGCAUCAGCAUCCUCACACAAUUUCAGGACUGGCGGGCCCUCGUCAGAUCCAACCCGUCCGCCAGUUGCAGACUCGUCCAGGCACACAUCCACAACGGCCCAGCCCAGCUCCGGCCCCUCAACCACCGGCACCGCCCUGGUCAACGCCAACGCAGCGGACCCUACCGCCCCGUCAAUACAACUUGGCUCUGCUCAAGACAACGAAUUUGCCAAGGGCAUUCUCGACUUUGUCCAGGGUACGCUCGCACAAGAGCAGCUCUCGAAUGCAUCUGCACCCGCACCAGUCUUGCCGUGCACGUCUCCCUGUGAGGCAGCCGAGGCUUCCGAGAGCCGUAUCGAACGGAAAGGCAGUCUUGCUGCGUUCAUAUACAGGCUCGUCGUGGGGCGGGCGCAUUGGCUCAUCCCGGCCAUUCUCGCAGUGCUCUUGAUUGCGGUGCGAGGCAGCGGCUGGCUUUCGUGGAUGGCGGGCUGGAAGACAAGAGGCCGCCGACAGCUGUGACGAUGGCAGUCUGAAUCAAUGCACUUGUUGCGCUGUA